UGGAUCUAUCUCAUCCGAGAGGCUGCUUAUUAUAAAUUCCUGUCAUUUUUCAGACCUUAUAUUAUUGUGAAGAACAGCAAACCCAAAGUACAAGAUAAACACAUUGAAGAGCUAACAAAAGGUUUUCGUAGUUUUGAAGAUUUUUUAAGACAGGGUUUGGUGGAAUAUCUUGAUGUGAAUGAAGAAAAUGACUGCCAGAUUGCAUUGUAUGAGAAAGACAUUACAAGAUCCACAACUCAUUUAGAAAUUGAGCCAUUUACAAUACUUGGUGUGUGUGCUGGAUUGAUACCUUAUCCACAUCAUAACCAAUCACCCAGGAAUACAUAUCAAUGUGCUAUGGGAAAACAAGCUAUGGGUACUAUUGCAUAUAACCAGAGAAAUAGAAUAGAUACUUUAAUGUAUUUACUAGUGUAUCCCCAGGCACCACUUGUUAAAUCAAAGGUAUGUAUUUACUAUUGUAACCCCAGGCACCACUUGUUAAAUCAAAGGUAUGUAUUUACUAAACCCUGCAGUAUAAACUUUUGUGUUGUGAUGAGUCACAGAGAUGACACUCAACCUCAAGCAGUUCUUGAUCCAGGUCAAAGUUCAGCAACAGAAGAAAAGGGAAUAAUUGAACUUUGUAAACCUGUGAAAGUGUAUCUACUUCCUAAACCAGCAAAACGAUGA